AUGGCGGAGAACAUCAAGACCAAGCUGGAGCGCUACAAGACGGCGCCUUUCGACAGCCGCUUCCCCAACCAGAACCAGACCAGGAACUGCUGGCAGAACUACCUGGAUUUCCACCGCUGUGAGAAGGCGAUGGCGGCCAAGGGGACGGACGCCAGCCCCUGCCAGUGGUACUACCGCGUCUACAAGUCCCUCUGCCCCACCGCCUGGGUGACAACGUGGGACGAGUACCGCGAGGAGGGGACCUUCCCUGGCAAGAUCUGA